CUCCUCAUGGAGCUCUGCGAGGGCGGCGACCUCCUGAGCCGGCUCCAGGCGCGCGGCGGCCGCCUCGGCGCCGCCGAGGGCGCGCGCGCCAUCUCCAUGAUCGCGCGGGGCCUGCGCGCGCUCCACGAGGGCGGCAUCCUGCACCUCGACCUCAAGCCGGAGAACUGCCUCUACGAGACGGCCGCCGCGGACGCGACGCUCAAGAUCACGGAUUUCGGCCUCGCGAAGCACCGCGACGACGACCCGGCGGAGGAGCGGGCGCCGCCGCGCAUCGUCGGCACGCUCGGCUACAUGGCGCCGGAGAUCGUGCUCCAGCGGCCGGCGACGCCCGCGGCGGAUGUCUUCUCGCUCGGCACCGUCGCGUUUCUGCUCUUGAGCGGC